ACAAUAGUUUUAAUUUUAAUGAAUUUAUUAUUAAUUUUAAAAUCAGAAUGUCGUGAAGCUAGAAGAUACAAAAGAAUUGUCGGUGGUGAAAUUGUUUUAAACAAUGAAAUAAAAUAUCAAGCAUCAAUAAGAUACGAUGGAUUUUAUGUUUGUGCUGGAACAAUUAUAAGUUCAAAACAUAUACUAACAGCUGCUCAUUGUGUUGCUGAUCUAGGUUUAGAUUUUACUGUUGUAACUGGUGCAACAAAACUUUAUGAUACACACAAUGAACACAGUGUUUUUAAUAUAAGUUGGCAUGAAGAUUUUGUAAAUGGAGCUGAUCAUAAUAACUACAAUAAAAAUGAUAUUGCUGUUAUCACUCUUGAUGAUGAAAUUUUAUUUGACGACAGUCAAGAAGCUGCACUGUUACCAGACUCACCAACUCCCGAACAAGCAACUGGUAUUGUUUGUGGGUGGGGCUGGGAGGAUCAAAACAAUGGCUAUCCCUCAAAAGUUCUCAAAAAAAUACAGGUCCAAGUGAUAGGCAAACAAGAGUGUCAAGAAAAAAUUAAAUUUAAUCUUUAUCAAGGACAAUUUUGUGGAAUUGCUGGUUCAGCUUCUGGUUUUUGCAAAGGUGAUUCUGGUGGAUCCUUGGUUGUUGAUAAACGUGUUAUUGGUUUCGCAUCUUGGAAUGAUGGCUGUGCAAAAGGAAAACCCGACGUGUACACUGAUGUCUAUGAAAAUUUAAAUUUCAUCAAUAAAGCAAUGAGGAUAAAAACUUGCACGAAAUAUCGAGCACCUGGUUGUUAAUAAAUUUAAAUAAAUAUUUAAUUUUUUUAUCAUUCAACAUCUGUUAAUCAUAACAUCAAAUAAAAU